AUGAUUCCUCCCUGCGACCCCUCAAUUCUUGAUCAGAAUCCUCAAUUCAAACGGCUAUAUGAGAAUUUAACGACCUCCCUCCUCAAUCCGGAUGCCUCAACGCGUUCUCACAGCGCGAACCCAGGCCGCAUGGCCGUGGUUGAGGAGCUGAAGCAAUGCCAGACUCAAAAUGCCAAAAAGCGGAUCAAGGAGCACAUGCUCCGGCAAUUGGCCUUUGCCCCAGACAGCAAUCUACCAGCGGAAUGCCACGAUAACCUCGCCAUAAUAACACUCUACCUAGAGACCCCAUCCAGCGCAAUCGAGCCCACCACCUCAAAGCCAGAAACGGAACCCAAGAAACCAGACGAAGCACUCAGCCUCCUGGGACCAGACAUUGAAGCCUUCUACACCAAUAUCCCAGCCUUCAUCCUAUCCUUCUCUAAAGCCCUCUCGUCCGCCAUUCGAGACCUACGCGCUCUAUCAACCGCAAACACAGACCCGGCCACCGCGCCCGACACAGACGCACCAGCCACACAGCACUCGAACCACAAUGCACGCGUCCGAGCGCGCGACCGCCGAGUCCGGACCUCGAUGGCGCCAGUUCCACCACUCUCAUCACAGCUGCAGGCGCGGAUACGCCUGUUGCGCAACACACAGCUCUCCGAGCUACCAGUUGCUCGGCGGAAGAUGGCUGCCACGGCGGCGGAGGUUGUUGCCGUGCGUGCGCGGGUCCUGGAGCGCACUGUUGUGAUUCUGGAGCGGGCGAAGCAUGGGGCUCUGGCGCGUGCGACGAAAGCUAAGGCGGAGCAUUUGGCUAUUGUUGCGCAGGGCGUGGAGGGAAAAUUAGAGGUUACCAAAUUGGAGAUUGCGGCUACGCUCUAUACGCCGGAAACACUUGCUGCUCUUGCUCGGUAUAGGCAGCAUUUGAGGCAGACGAAGGAGCGCUUGCAGCACCGCCAGAAGAUGACGGUUCAAGAGCUGAGAGCUUAUGGUGAUGUUGAGGUGUCUGAUCCGGUUGCUGAUAUCGAUGCGGAUGAAGGGACUUAUGCGGAUAUUGCCCGUCGGUAUGGGGUUUUGGCGAGAGAGGUUGAAGAAGUAAAGAUGGAAAUUGCACGAUUAGAGAAAUGA